AUGUCACUGCGUCUAUCUGGAAAGCUAUUCCAGCUUUUCGCAUCCGCUUGGGAUGCCCAAUUCAGCGUCCCCCGCAUCACUACCCGAUCCUUCGGUAUCAAAUCUCUCAACACACCUAAACCAAGCCGCUUCAGCAUUGGUCCCGGUCUCCCCGUCCUCGAGUCUACAUCCACAGCUGCUCUCCGCCGUAAAGCCUUUUCGCUUCCUCUUCGCACCGGUGCCGUCGCUAUUAAGAAGGGAAUGACAGCUAUCUUUGAUCCCGAAACUGGAAAACGUACCUCCUGCACUGUCCUGCAAUUGGAUCGCGUGGAGGUCCUCUCCCACAAGACUCGUCAGAAACAUGGAUACUUCGCUGUCCAGGUCGGAGCUGGCUGGAGACACCCUAGCAAUGUUACCAAGGCUAUGCUGGGUCACUUUGCUGCGAAUGGUCUCUCCCCUAAGCGCGAUAUCUUUGAAUUCCGCGUAAAGGAUGAAUCUGGUCUCUUACCUGUUGGUGAGAGUAUCCCCGCAAGUUGGUUCCAGUUGGGUCAGUAUGUCGAUGCCCGCUCGAAUACUAAGGGUAAGGGUUUUGCGGGUGUUAUGAAACGUCAUGGCUUCGGUGGUCAGGAUCGUUCUCACGGUGUUAGUUUGACCCAUCGUUCUAUGGGUUCGGCGGGUCCGAGUCAGGGUGGUGGUUCGCGUGUUUAUCCUGGAAAGAAGAUGGCGGGUAAUAUGGGAAAUAACCAGAACACUUUGCAGAACUUGAAGGUUUUGCAGGUGGAUGUUGAGGCUGGUAUUGUGGUUGUUAGUGGCUCCGUCAGUGGCCCCAAGGGAUGUGUUGUCCGUAUUCAGGAUGCUGUUAAGAAGCCUUGGCCUGAAGUCCCUACUCCUGAGUCUGCCUAA